GCCUGUAUAAUUUCGAGAGUAUAUUUAUAUUACCCAUACAAUGUUUUUUCCGUACUAUCUAUAUUUCUCAUGAGAACCAUUACACUAUUUUUUCUCGUAAGCGCACAUCAAACAAAAGACAUUUCUUGUCAUUUUUGACAUUAUCGUAAACGUUUUGAAAGCGACAGUUCUGGACGAAUCAAAACAUGAUUGACAUUAUUGUGUUGUGAUCACCUUGUGAAAGAAGUUUUAUGAAAUGAUGAAUACUCAGAGCUAUCAAAAGUUAAUAAACAAGUAGAAGCAAGUACUCCUCAUGACGAUGCUGUCGUUUCUCGCACCUUGUAAAGACAGUGAGCCAGAAACGUUACUAGAACUGUGUUUUAAAUUUGUUGUGAAACGACCAGAUACUAUAUGUACAGUAGACCCAUUCACUAAAGAUUAUAGACUUAGAGACGACCUAGCUCUUCCCAGUGAAAUCUGUGAAAAUAUUAUUCACUUUUACCAGCAAAGUGGAAAUAUAGUAGAUGAUAAAUUUGUCAAUAUAUUCCAAAACCCUCACACAACCAGAUUAAAACGAGUGAGGUUAAGGAAUUCAGCAAUCACAGAUGAUGGACUUUGCGCCUUAUUGAGUCAUAGAUUGAUUGAAUUAGAUCUAUACAAUUGCAUUAAUAUCACAGAAGGGUCAUUAGCCCAUAUAAAUGACUUUGGUAAUAGUUUGUUAUCGCUAAGUGUUGGAUCCCAGGUUCACAUUUUGCCUGAUACACUGUAUUCUGAAGAUUCCCAGAAGUUGCCUGAAGCAAACAAAAGAAGUGCAUACCAAGAAAGAGGCUACAUAUUACGCGCACCUAAUCUUCGAAAACUGACUGUAAAGAACCUUUAUGUUCCUGGAGAGAAAUUAUACUUUCCGUUGUUACUGCAUUCUCUACAGAACCUUGUAUAUCUUGAUUUGUCCAAUUGUUUUGACUUAGGAGAUCUGUCAUAUCUAUGUGACUUGAAAAACUUGUCAACACUUAUACUGUACAAUGUUCAAAGACUGCAAGAUGCAAUAGCUUCAGUAUGUAGGAUAACCAGCUUAAGGGUACUAGAUAUCUCGCAGUCAAAUGAAAAGCAUGGAACUUUCAGGAAUGAGAAUCAGGUACUUGCUACACUUGUUGAGAGCUUGCCAAAUCUAACUUCAUUGGAUAUUUCAGGCACCAACUUAGCUGGAACAGGUGUUGCAGAACAUGCUUCGUCAUUUGUAACUGCGAAUGAAAAAACAUUACCUUCUUCUGACAUUCCUGGGCUUAAUUCUCGUGUUUUAAAUCCAUUUGAUUUCCUAGGUCUUUAUGGCACACAACAUUCUGCUUGCAGGCGGCAUGAUAUCCCUGCAAAAUUGAUAUCUGGCGAUGCUUCAGAGGAACAAAUUUUAAUCGCAGCUGCAGCUUACAUUGAUCGCCCAGAUGUACUUCAAAAAGUGCUCAAUGAUCUCUAUCAUCUCUUUCGUUACGAAACAUGUAAGAAUUUGAACAAUGCACUUAAUGUUGUUCUUGAAGCAAUGGAUCGCCAUAUAAAUGAAAAACACAUACAGAUUUCUGGCAGUGCAACACUCUUCUACAUAGUAAAAGGAAAAGAAAAGUACACAUUUGUUGUUAAAAUCAGACGACGUGUUAUUUGUACGUUACUGAAUGGUAUGAGUGCACACAGAGAUGAUGAUACAAUGAUGCGAAAUGGCUGCCUUACGUUAUGCCAGUUCAAGAUACCAGAAGAUGUUCUAUUUGAUUAUGAGCGCCUUGUUCAUAUACUUCUACACAUUGUGUCUGAAAUGGAACAAGAAGGAUUUGUGCAGAGAAUAGGAAUAUACUUACUGAACUCUCUUGCCUGCCAAGUUGAUGGAUUCCAAAAGCAACUGCUGGGAGACCUUGGGGCAAUAAAUAGGAUGCUAGCAUUAAUUGAAGACAGACUGUCUCGAAAGGUGUGUGAUGAUGUUUUGGAAGUUGCGUGGUCGACCAUGUGGAAUGUUACUGAUGAGACAGCCAUCAACUGCCAAAGGUUUCUUGAUGGAAGAGGAAUGGAGUUCUUUCUUGGAUGCUUGAGUACAUUUCCAGAUAAAGAAGAACUGUUGAGAAACAUGAUGGGUCUUUUAGGUAAUGUAGCUGAGGUGCAGAGUUUGAGGCCACGUCUCAUGACAAGCCAGUUUGUCUCUGUAUUUGCAGAUUUACUAGAUUCUGCAAGUGAUGGAAUUGAGGUUAGUUAUAAUGCUGCUGGUGUCCUGUCACACAUGGCGUCUGAUGGUCCAGCAGCCUGGACUUUAGCUGUUCCGAAAAGAGAAGAAGUAUUGCGAAGAAUGCUUGCAGCAAUAGAGCGAUGGGAUUUGUCAACUGAGAGAAACAUCAACUAUAGGUCAUUUGAGCCGAUACUGUAUCUUGCAAGAGUUUACCAUACACCAGAAUGUCAGUAUUGGGCAAUUUGGGCCCUUGCAAAUUUGACUAAAGUUUACCCGGACAAGUAUUGCUCACUGGUUGAAGCUGAAGGUGGAUUAACUCUUCUUGAAGAAAUAAUUCAUCAUGAAAAUCCAUACCCUCGCAUCAAAGAACUUGCAACAAUGGUGAUAACACAGUGUAGGCAAAAAAAAGAACAUGAGUUAAUUGAAACGAAUUGUGCUUGUGAGAAUUAACUUGGCAACAAAAAAGUUAAUCAUAAAAUUCAGUUGAGUACUGAAAUUUGUUAUAAAAUUGUGAAUAUUUGUAUAAAUUGUAAAAUACCUAAAUAAAUUGAAGAAUGUUUUUCAUACAUUUGUAACUUAAGAACUUACAAAUCUCUUGUAAAUUUCCUGUUCUUCAUUUUCCAUGUUUUGUGUGUUACAGUUGAUUAUUUAUUUUUGUAACAUUGUAUACUUGUUUAAUUGUAAAUAAUUUUGCGAUUAUUUCAGCCGUAAUAUUGUUUGAAAUGUAAAAUUGCUAGCUCAUUUGAAGUUGCACUAUUGAUAGACUAAGCAAUUGCAUGUACCUUGAUAUGAUCGUCUUUUGAGCCUUGCAGAAUGAAACAACACAUUUUAAACAUGACACAGAUUAUGAUCCUUUUUAAAUAUAUAGAAGUCAGCCAAGUUUGUUUGUGCUUGAAAUCAGUAGUGGAGUCAGUCUUGUUUAACAUUUCUAUUGAAACUUAUUUUUUAAUUUUCGGUCUAACAAUGAUGGCUCUUUGAUGCUAUAUAUUUACAUGUAAAAAAUAAGUUGGCCAUGUCUGUAGCUGAUAUUGCAGAAAUGUUCUUAAGGCUCUAUUUAACUUAAGUAAUACCAGGAAAGGCAAAGAAAAAUGUAAAUGGCAGUAGAGAUAGAGAAAUGUGUCUUAGUCACCAACAGAAGAAAUUGUAUAAUCACCCUCCUGAAGUUGAAAUAUUUUUUUAAUGUAUUGAUGAUAAAAUAUUCAUUCUUGAGAAAUCCAUAAGGACACAGGAUGAAAGGCAAGGGGGGAAAGACCAUUCAUGUAAAAUAUAAUUGGUGGCAAUUACCGCAGUCACUGAAAUGGCAGAUACAGCAGUGUAUAGAAGCUGACAGUAAAGUUUGAUAGGGGAUGGGAAAUUAAAAGAAAAUGAUUUGAUUAGCACAUUGUAAAGGAAAAAGGCAAAUGUUGUUUUGCAUCUUUAAUGAAAAAAGUGGACUGAAAAGAAAAUAUAUAGAUGAAACUCUAAUCUGAACACUAUGAAGACUGAAAGAAACUGGUGUGCAAGCAAAUAUUGGAUAGACAGUGUCCACAUCUUGAAAUGUGAAGGAUUUAUUUCUAGUGAGGGUUAUGAGAUGAAGAGGCAUGUACUCAGGUUCAAGCCAUACUGCUGUAUGCAGUUUUAACCUUACCAGUUCUUUGAAUUUAGACGCUUUUAUUGCAGUAAUUUUGAAAUAUCUCAGAUUAUAGAAAUUUAAACAGUAUUUGAAAAUAUAUGUACUUCACAAAGUGCGAAGUCAUCAGCACUAUCAAGAAUUCAGUUUCUGACAUUUAAUUAUUUCUUGUGGUAUAUUUUUUAAAGAAAAAACAUCAUAUGUACACUACAAUUACUAUCAAGAAACUAAUUUUUUACAUAUCCAUUAGUUCGUUUGUUUGGAAUGUUUCUUAUACAUUUUUUUAAAGGUAUGCCUAAAGAAUACUGUGAAUGAUAGUGUUCGGCAUGUACAAAAAUUAAAAUUCAGUAUAAUUCGAAAAAGCAAAUUAGACAAAAGAGAUAUCUUGGUUACUGCACAUAGUAGAUUGGGGCUCAUUUAAAGUGCAGUCAUAAAAGCAGAAAUGAAUUGGUUUGCAAAAUAUUCAGUCUGAUAAUCUUCAAGUUUCUUUGUUUGUAGCUUCAAAUAUCAAUGAAAAAUUUAAAUUGUUAAUUGAGGAAGUUUACCCAUUAUUCAUUACAACAAUUUCUGGAGAAUGGCAAGGCAACCCUAACCUUACCCCUUCGUACUCUCUCUCUCUCCCUCUCCCCCACUCCCAAGUUCUCCCUCCCUCCCUCCCUCUCCUUCUUCACUGCCCCUCUCCUGCAAGUAAAAAGUUCCCUCUUUUUUAAAGGAUUCACUUUCACAAUUUUGUACUCUUGAGAGUGUCUGUCAAUUUUAAUUACGUGUACUACUAUCAGUACAUGUGGAAAAAAUUAUUUUCUUUUAGUUGUGCCUAUUUUAAAAGAUGUUUUCUCUGUACUUUUUAUGUUUAAAUAUUAUGCCAGCUGUUUUGCACUAUGUGGAUUGGCGUUUGAGGUUACCAUAACCCCUUCACGUAACUGUGUUGUAAUUUGACACUGGCAGCUAGUGCCCCCCACCCCCGCUCCUUUUCCUCUCUUAUAUGGGUAUACAAGUGGUAACCAUCGUGUUAAAAUUUCAAGCAAAAUAUACUUUUGUGUUUGGAUUGAGUUGAGAUAUGGGCUAACUGUAAGCUUCUGUAAUACUGUUUCUCUUGUUUUUUUUUUUUUUUUUUUUAAAAAAAGUAAUGAUCUGGAUUGUUUUAACCUGUAUGUAAAUAAUGACUUUUGGUAUUGUUCUUUCUGGACUUUUGACUCUAGUCAUUACAUGUUUUUGUACCGAAUAAAUGCAGGAAAUGACCUGUUAGAUUGAUAGGUAAAGAAUACGGAACCUGUACAUAAGUGUAUGAAAUACAGCUUGUUCUCUACA